GUUGACAAGGACGUAACGUCCUCACUGCGCAAUCGCACAAACGACGGGAUGUGACGCAAUCAGGCCGCAAUGCCAUGUGGGAAGGGCGUGUCAAAGGUCAUGGACGAACACAACAGGUGAGGCAGCCUUGCCCAGACGUGGUGCUGUUGAACAAGACUCUACUACGCCAUGCCUCCUAAGAAGUGCAAUCCGAAGAAUCGCAGGGAGCAUCACGAACCCUCUGGUCCUGCAUCCGAGAGGGCUACCGAUCUCUCAACGGACUCUGUCAACUCCAAGGGCUCUGCUGAUGGCGGCCAAGUCAUGAUCAAGAAGAGGAGGACAACCGUGGCCACCCUGACCGAGCCUGAGGAGGAGACCAUGCUGGUGUUCCUGAGGGAGCACCCUGAGCUGUACAACAAGAAGAUUAAGGAGUACAAGAACCUGCGGAGGAAGGAGUCCCUGUGGCAGGAGAAGGCAGCGGAGAUGGGGCGGAGCGUGGAGCACCUCCAGACGUGGUACCGCAGCAUGAGGACCAGGAUGGCCAGGCUGCUGAAGAACAAGUCCAGCGGAGACUUCACCGACAGGGACACCUGGGUGAUGGAGAACCUGGCCUUUCUGAGAAAGCACAUCGAAGCCGUGCACAGGGGGGGACUUAAGAGAGAAAGAAUGGCUCAGGGCCCAGGCACCCCUCCAGCCAUCCAAAGCACCAGUACCGGCAGUACUCUCGACCCCGUCACUAACCACAUCAUGAUCAUGCAGCAGCAGCUGAUUGACCGCCUGCAGCCCCAGGGGGACCCGGAGAGGCUGGGGUUCGCGGAGUGGGUGCGCGCGACCCUGGUCAGCCUGCAGCACGACGUGUGGAGGCGCGCCCAGCGGGACAUUAUAGACGUCCUGCACCGUGCCAUCAGGGAGAAUGACGCUGCAGACCAGUCCGAUGCCGGUAGUCCCAAACCAUCGCUUUGCACGGCCCCGCCUCCGACUUCAACAGGGCCUGCCGCACCCCCGUCUCUACCCGCAAACCCUGCUGGACCCUCCUUCGAUCGUUACAACCGGCUUCCGUCAAGUCAACAGAUGUGGCAAACCCCGCCCAACCAGUGGCCAGGCCACGUUCCAAACAGCAGCAGUUCCUUCUCGUGAUCUUAGUUCCUCUCAUUGGUCUCAAACUCUGCCGCAACCUUGCUCGACCCCUCCUAGAUCCUUCCAUCUCUACCAGCAUUCCCAACUUUUGACAGCUAGGACAACUGCAGCACUCUUCAAAACUUGGAUACUGAUGAACUGCAGGUGUCUCUUUUGACACCUAGGACAGCCAGAGCCAGUUGGGUAUACAGCCUGGCUCUAAAAAUAUAGAGCUAUAGGUGGCGAUGUAGUAGAUCUGGGGCUGGUGAGACAUGGUCAAAUUAAAAACAAGAAAAUUUUUAUUAAAUUAAGCUAGUAAAAUUGCCUGUGUUUGAAAAAAGAGAAGGUAUUGCUGAGAUCUUGAAAAGGUCAUGGGUACAGAACCAUUUUUUCUUAGCAUAGGGAGAGCCCUUGUACUCACUGGUAAAGGUAAAGACCAGCCCUGUACAUUCCAGAAGUGACUGUUAAUAUAUUAUUACCAGUGAAAGUACUGUCAGUGUUAUCACUGUACAUGUAGACAGUGCCAGAAGUUGCUAUUCUUAACAGCAUAUCCUUAUUCUUUCUCUGUGUUUUUAUUCAUGUUUUUAAUGACUGUGACUAUAACUGAAUAUAUGUUGUAGUUUGAAAUAUCAAUGUGAAGGGUUUGAUAAGGAACCAGUAAAUAUGACCAAUAUUAUUAAUUACAAUUUACAACUGAAUAUUUGUUGUAGUUUAAGAUAUUAAUGUGAAGGAUUUAAUGAUAAAUAGAUAAAGAUGAUCGUGACUAU